CGGCGGCGGGGGCGAUGCUGGCGGCCCAGGCGCGCCGCGUGGCCUGCGCCGUGUCCGGCGGCGUGGACAGCGCCGUGGCCGCGCUGCUGCUGCGCCGCCGAGGCUACCAGGUGACAGGUGUGUUUAUGAAGAACUGGGACCCUCUGGAUGAGCAGGGAGCUUGCUCCAUUGACAGAGAUUGUGAAGAUGCUUAUCGGGUGUGCCAGAAGCUUGAUAUCCCGUUUCACCAGGUUUCCUAUGUGAAGGAAUACUGGAAUGAAGUAUUCAGUGACCUCUUAAAAGAGUAUGAAUUGGGAAGGACGCCUAAUCCUGAUAUUUUGUGUAACAAGCACAUCAAAUUCAACUACUUUCUGCAUUAUGCUAUGGAUAACCUUGGAGCAGAUGCAAUUGCUACUGGGCAUUAUGCCAGGACCUCACUGGAGGAUGAGGAAGUGUUUCAGCAGAAAUAUACAAAAAGACCACAGAGGCUUUUCAGAAACCGUUUUGAAGUUAGAAAUACUGUGAAACUCCUUCAAGGGGCUGACCUCUUUAAGGACCAGACCUUCUUUCUAAGUCAGAUUUCACAGGAUGCUUUGAGGAAAACCAUCUUUCCUUUAGGGGAUUUAACAAAAAGUUUUGUAAAGAAGAUAGCAGCAGAACAUGACCUUCAUCACGUGCUAAAGAAAAAAGAGAGUAUGGGGGUCUGUUUCAUUGGUGAAAGAAACUUUGAAAAAUUCCUUCUGGAGUAUUUGGAACCUCAACCAGGUAACUUUGUUUCCAUUGAAGAUAGGAAGGUGAUGGGAAGACACAAAGGUUGGUUCCUCUUUACAAUAGGCCAGAGGGCUCGGCUGGCAGGCCUCAAGGAUGCUUGGUUUGUUGUAGACAAAGAUGUCAGCACUGGAGAUGUCUUUGUGGCACCAUCAAGAGAUCACCCUGCUCUGUACAGAGACCUCCUGCGGACAAACCGAGUGCACUGGAUAGCAGAGGAACCUCCGGCAGAGCUGGUUAGAGAGAAGAUGAUGGAAUGUCAUUUCAGAUUUCGGCACCAGAUGGCACUGGUGCCUUGUGUCCUGACUCUAAACCAAGAUGGGAGUGUGUGGGUAACACUAGUGAAGCCAGCAAGAGCUAUCACACCUGGACAGUUUGCUGUGUUCUACAAGGGAGAUGAGUGCCUGGGCAGUGGGAAGAUCCUGAGGAUGGGCCCAUCAGUGUAUACCUUGCAACAGGGCAAAAAUCGAGAGGAGAGUCCAAAGAAAGAAGAGGCUGACAAAAUAGAACCAGCAACAUAACACCUGGGAUUGUUUAUUGAAGGACUUUGGAGAAUUUGCUGCUUGAGAACAGUAAAACUAUAAUAAAUGUGGUUCUUAAGGCCAGUUAACCAGAGAGUCCCAGCUCUUGACUGUUAGCACUGAAGGAGUUUAAAACUAAAGCCAGUCUGGUGCAAUUUUGCUGGAGUGUAUGGUGCUGUUUAUAUUCAUUAAAAGGUGUUCUGUAAUAACACAUACAAGAAUUUUAAUACAAAAAUCAUGACUGAAAUAAUAAAUCUAUCUCUUUUAUGUAA